UUUUAGUUUCGGGUUCCGAUGGAUCAGAACCGGAGAGGGACCGUCCGGUUCGGAGCUGAAUCCUGAAUUUGGCUCGUGAACGUCCCUCUCUCCGGUCGCGCGCCUGCGGCGUGAGCGCGCGCGCCAGCUGCAGUUUCCAGCUGUGAGCUCGUGAGGCUGGACCGUCAGUUUCUCCUCCGGUGGUUCGGGUCGGCUCGGUUCGAACUGGUGCGUGACUUGUUGCUCUUCUUCUCCCGGUUUGGACCCGGUCUGUUUCCCCCGGAACCGCCGCUCCUUCCUCCGGACCGAAACUUCACCUGAACCCCCCCACUGCUGCCUCAGGGUUCGGGUCCAUCCUCAGUUCCGAACCCACGGCUCGGUUUAUUGUUUUCCAUCAUCAUUCUGCUCUGCUGCUGGAACUUUUCAAACGGAACCGGUCCAGUAAUGGGUUGGGGUUUCCCGGUUCUGCUGGCGGUUCUGUUCGCUCAGCUGUCGGCCGGGUUCCCGGACGGAGUGGACGUUCAAGUCAUCGACGUCCUGAGCCUCCAGGACUCCAAGCAGAACGUGGCGGCGGUGGAGAAGCUGUCGGGCGGUCUGAGCGCGCUCAGUGACGUCUAUGUGGUGUCGACAAUCCGACUGCCUGUCAAGAUGGGCGGGGUUUUGUUUGGGCUCUACAGCAAGCAGGACAACAGGAAGUACCUGGAGGUCGCCAUCAUGGGGAAGAUCCACAAAGUUCUGGUCCGGUACGUCAAAGCGGACGGGAAGGUCCACACCGUGAACCUGCAGAACUCCGUCCUGGCCGACGGACGGACUCACUCCAUCAUCCUGAGACUGGGCGGCCUCCAGCGCAGCAACAUGCAGGUGGAGCUGUAUGCCGACUGCCGAUUGGUCGAUUCCAGUCAGGGCGUUCCCCCAUUGGUUCCUCUGCCCAGAGAGGCGGACAUGGUGGAGAUCCGACAUGGACAGAAAUCGUACGCCCGACUUCAGGGCGCAGUGGAGUCCCUCCGCCUGGCUCUAGGGGGCAGCGUUGCUAAAGCCGGAGCGCUGACCGACUGUCCGUUCCAGGGAGACUCGUCGGCCUUCAACUCAGUGAACGGAGAGGUCCAGUCCAUCCUGGGUGAACACACCAAGGCUCUGAUUGGUCAGCUCAUCAUUUUCAACCAGAUCCUGGGAGAGCUGCGGCAGGACAUCAGGGAGCAGGUGAAGGAGAUGUCUCUGAUCAGGAACACCAUCCUGGAGUGCCAGGUUUGUGGUUUCCAUGAACCGCGGUCUCGCUGCUCUCCCAACCCCUGCUACAGAGGAGUCUCCUGCAUGGACAGCCUGCAGUUCCCUGGGUACACCUGUGGACAGUGUCCACCUGGGACCACCGGCAACGGGACGCACUGCAGGGACGUUGAUGAGUGUGAGCUGCAGCCGUGUUAUUCUCCUGAAGCCUGCGUCAACAGAGAGGGAGGCUUCAGCUGCCAGCCGUGUCCUCCAGGCCUGUGGGGGGCGCCGCUGGCCGGAACAGGACUGGACUACGCUAAGACACACAAACAGGAAUGCGUGGACAUCGAUGAGUGUGUGGAUCUCCCUGACGCCUGUGCAUCAAACUCGGUCUGCAUCAACACUGUGGGUUCCUACAAAUGCGGAGGCUGUAAACCCGGUUUCUAUGGCAACCAAACAUCUGGCUGCUCCCCCAGGAAGUCAUGUGCUGCGUUGACCUUUAACCCUUGUGACACCAACGCCCACUGUGCCAUGGAGAGGAACGGAGAAGUUGCCUGCAGGUGUAACGUUGGCUGGGCCGGAAACGGACACACCUGUGGAAUGGACACGGACAUCGACGGCUACCCCGACCGUUCUCUGCCCUGCAUGGACAACGACAAACACUGCAAACAGGACAACUGCGUGUUUACGCCGAACUCAGGCCAGGAGGAUGCAGACAACGACGGCAUCGGAGACCAGUGUGACGAGGAUGCAGACGGAGACGGCAUCAAGAACGUGGAGGACAACUGUCGUUUGGUUCCCAACAAAGACCAGCAGAACUCAGACAGCGACUCGUUCGGAGACUCGUGUGAUAACUGUCCCACCGUCCCCAACAGCGACCAGAAGGACACGGACAACAACGGACAGGGAGACGCCUGCGAUCAGGACAUUGAUGGAGAUGGUAUUCCCAACGUUCUGGAUAACUGCCCUAAGGUUCCCAACCCGAUGCAGACGGACAGAGACAGAGACGGAGUCGGAGACGCCUGUGACAGUUGCCCUGAACUCAGCAACCCCAUGCAGACGGAUGUGGACAAUGACCUGGUGGGAGACGUCUGUGACACCAACCUGGACUCGGACGGAGACGGUCACCAGGACUCCAGAGACAACUGUCCUGACAUCCCCAACAGCUCCCAGCUGGACUCCGACAAUGACGGCCUCGGAGACGACUGCGACCACGACGACGACAACGACGGCGUCAUCGACGAUUACGACAACUGCAGACUGAUCAUCAACCCGAACCAGAAAGACUCCGACGCUAAUGGAGUGGGAGACGUCUGCGAGAACGACUUCGACAACGACGCCGUGAUGGAUCUGAUGGAUGUGUGUCCAGAGAGCGCCGAGGUCACGCUGACGGACUUCCGAGCCUAUCAGACGGUGAUCCUGGACCCUGAAGGCGAGGCCCAGAUCGACCCCAACUGGGUGGUUUUGAAUCAGGGCAUGGAGAUCGUUCAGACGAUGAACAGCGAUCCGGGUUUAGCUGUCGGCUACACGGCGUUUAACGGCGUGGACUUUGAGGGAACGUUCCACGUCAACACGGUGACGGACGACGACUACGCCGGCUUCAUCUUCGGGUACCAGGACUCGUCCAGCUUCUACGUGGUGAUGUGGAAGCAGACGGAGCAGGUGUACUGGCAGUCCGUCCCGUUCCGGGCCGCGGCCCAGCCCGCCCUGCAGCUCAAGGCGGUGAAGUCCCGGACCGGGCCGGGGCAGUACCUGAGGAACGCCCUGUGGCACACCGGAGACACGCACGGCGAGGUGAAGCUGCUCUGGAAGGACCCCCGAAACGCCGGCUGGAAGGACAAAACGUCGUACCGCUGGCAGCUGAGCCACCGGCCGCAGGUCGGAUACAUCAGGGUGCGGUUCUUUGAAGGGACGGACAUGGUGGCGGACUCCGGCGUCGUCAUCGACACGACGAUGAGAGGAGGCCGACUCGGCGUUUUCUGCUUCUCGCAGGAAAACAUCAUCUGGUCCAACCUGCGCUACAGAUGCAACGACACGGUGCCUGAAGACUUCGCAGCGCAUCGUCAGCAGUUUCUCAUGCACAUUCAGGUCUGAGCGCGGCAGACGGACUGCGGACACGGCGGCUCUGUGGGAGCCGAGCGCCUGACUGGGAGCUGGAGAAACAGAAACCAGCCAUCCUCUCCAGUGUUUCCACCUUUUCCCUCCAUGGUUUUAACUCGGCUCGACUGUGAAGUUUUUGCCUUUUGGUUUGGCUGUUUCCGUGAAAGAACCUGAUCUGCUACCAACAGGAGAAGAGAAGUUCCACCAUGUUUUCUUCUGUCCUGACGACAGAAAAAGACUCAAAAAGCUCUUUGAGGUCCAGUCUGUUUCUGCUUCUGCCACUGAAAACCCAACAAUCAUUUGUGUUAACCGUCUCCAAAUAAAACAUGACAGCGUGGACGAUGCAUCUCCAGCUUUUGAGCUCAUGAAUCGAAGCGUUUUCCUUCUGCGUGGAGCACCAGACUCCUUUCUGCAACCGGCUUUAAUACGGAGCUACAUAAGUCAAAAAGUCGUCAGAGGUUUUGACUCACCUGUUGCACACCUGACAAUAACAAUCGCUGGAAGUCGUGCUGAGAGUUUCCUGAAUGCCCUGUAGGUGUCACUAAUGAGUCGUUAGCUGUAAAAAAAACGUGACCACGGAGUUUUCAGCUCAUCACUGACAAGAUUCAAUAUAAAGGGCAUUAUAAUUAAAUUUUUUUUAAACUUGUCUCCUUAAAAAAAAAACUGAGAAACUUUCUAAUUUAAAAAAAAAAACAACUUGUGAAAGCAAAGAAAGUUUCUUGUUUUAAAGAUGACAUAUUUUUUAUUCCAGGCACAUAGCGCCAUUUAUAGCAGAUUCAAGUAACUGAAAUUGGAUCUCUGUCUCUUUAAGAAGCUCCUGCUCUUUCUGAAGCUCUGCGUCCAGGAAGUCAUCACAACAUGGUUCCUCUAUUAACCUGCUAACGUUUUUACUGGAGUAAUAACGAGCUCAGCAGUUACACCAGGUGUUUGCUAAUUGCUGCUGGCUAGUCUGAAGGAGCUGAGUGGGGGAGGAGCUGCGUGUUGAAGGCGGGACUAUGUCCCAACAAGCGUUUAGGCACCUCCAAAUGGUUGCCAGGGAGAUUAGAGGAUACGUGAAAGAAUCAAGGCAACACUGCAGGUUUGUUCAUGAUGGUGGAAAAAUCAAAAAGGUGAUUUGACAUGAUGCUGCCCCUUUAAAAAGUUUUAUAUUCAAAACAAGAAACUGAGAAAUUUGUUUAACAAGGAAAACUAUACUCAUCUUAAGACGAGAAACUUUGUUUUAAUGCGUCUAUAUCUCGUUAGAGAGAGUUUUUUUCAUACUGAGACAUCUGAUUUCUUAGUUUCAUGUUUCUGCGUUCGCAGAAUUCAAACGCUGUGAUUCUUGACAAUAAAACUGGAAGUGAUUAUUUCCCGCAUCGCUUACACUGUAAAACCUGCGUGUAGUCUCUCCAAACAACAUGGAGCGGGUCGAGCGGUUCCUGCAGUGGAAACGACAAAUCUGGAGGCAGACUGAACUUCAGGCGCAGGACGAGGAAACAUGGUGGAAACAUGUUGGAAUACGUCACAUGUAGUCAUCAAUACCAGCUUCACACACUGGAACCACAGAAGAAGAACAGCAAGAUGAAGCUAAUCAGCUGGAAUCAAAGUGUCCUCCAUGUUUUAUGGUUUUAAUAAACAACCAACCCAA